UACCUCAUGAGCUAUACCACAUAUCAUACCAUGUCUCCUGAUUGCUUCUUUUUUAUCACCAACAAAAUUGUAGAAGAUAAAGUGAGGAAUAAGUGAUGACUCCCACGCUGCUUCUUUCUUUUACAUUUCCCUUUAGUAAAACUAUGUAAAGAAUAUAUACACGACUUCUUUUGUCUCAGAAAAUUAGUACACGCUGUAAAUUAACAUGCUAUUAUAAUUUAUAAUACGAACUGUUUUUAUGGGACGGGGGAGUACAUAAUAGUGAGAAAAACUUUAAUGUUCCAUGACGAGUACAUAAUGGUUAGAACAACUAUAAUGCUCCGUGACUAAAUCAAUGGAUUGAUCGGAUUUGAAUUUCAUUCACGUGCUAAUUACAGAGUAUAUAUAAGAACAUUGGAUCAUUAACUGAAUAAUUCAGUCGACAAGCUACAAAUUUGAAUUAAAACUGGUUUAAUUAAUGCCUUGUAAGAUUAGAGAGAGUAGCAUCACAGAUAACAGAGAGGAAAAGGAGAAAAACCACUCAGCAUCUCAGCUGCUUCAAUUUGCUUUGUUCUUUUACAGCUAAUAAACUAUAUUAAUCAAUGAAAAGAUUAUUAGUUUAUUGUGGGGUGGAGAAUCAGCUAACUUAGGCCGUACUUAAAGCAGUUUUACUAGUGCUAAUAUAAUUCAAGAUUAAGAUAAUACUACCAAUAAACUCAAUUAUGCAUGAGCCACCACUUGAUGAUGAACUAUGAACACAGGAUAUGCAUGCCACCAAUUGAUUCUAACUGCGAGGAAGAACUAAUCGACAGACUGUAUCAACUUGGACAAUGCAUGCCUGAGGCAGAGAGGAGGAGGAAGGAGGAAAAGGCUAAAGAAUGGAUCAGAGAUUUCAUGAGCAAAAGUGACACGGUGGAAGAUAGGUGGGAUGAUUACAGAGCAUUAACCAAUGUGCAUCAUCACAGAUCACUCAUCUCGUCCAUUGAUCGUGAGGAAGAUUGGCUGGAACAGCUUGAAGGGCAGGAUGAAGAAGCCCAAAAUGGUAAUCAACUGAUCAAUCAGGUGUGUCUUGCUGCUCAAUCUGUUCGGUCCUGCUUUAUUAGGUUGUCAACUGUUUGUCAGUAUCAUCGAAACAGAAAAAAGUUGAAUGUGGAGUUAGAUAACCUUUUCCAAGAUGCAUCAAAGUCUAAUUUUUUCCCAGAUAAUGGCGUUGUUAGUUAUAAAAAGAAUAAUGAUGAUAAUAGUCUGGUGCCCCGGAGAAAGUUCAUAUUGGAACAGGAUGAUGAAGACGAGGUUUUCAAGACAAUACUCCAACAAAUGAUCCCGGAGAACAAUGGCGUAUUGUUUGAUGAUAAACAAACCGAGGUUAUCUUCAUAGUAGGGGAAGACGGUUCCGGGAAGACCUCAUUGGCUACACGACUCUUUAAUUGCAAAAAAGUGGAGCAGUAUUUUCAAGUAAGGUAUUGGGCGGCAAUACCGGACACUGUCCGGCAGCUCAAGAAGGAAGCCGCAUCAUUUGGUGUAACCACUCUUUCUGAUGAUGACCUGUGGUCGUUGUGGUGGUCAGAAAACUUUACGAGGGAAAGAUUCUUGCUGGUUCUGGAUGAUGUUCCGUUUGACGAAGAAGAGGAUGCUAUUGCUAGCUGGUUCUGGGGACCAUUUGCAAGUUACCUGAUCGAGCAUGGUGCCCCUGGAAGCAUAAUUCUAGUGACAACAAACAGUGACAAGAUCGUCCAAGCCAUGGGCGUUAAGCACAAGCAUAAUCCAGACUUCUUGCCAACCCAAGACAGCAGAUGGUCAUUUCUGAAACGGGUGUUGGAAAACAUGUUUUCCAGGAAAGGGUGGUCCGGGUUUCUUGACAACGUGGAGUCCAUUGGGAAGGAAAUCGCAGAAAAAUGUAGCGGUUUUCCUUUCAAUUUGAAGAUAAUUGGAAGCCAUCUACAGUUCAAAGACUCGGUGGAAGAAUGGCAGCAAGUUUUGGACAGCGAGAUAUGGGAAGAGGACGACGUUAAGAAAUUUGGUUACGCUCCAAUCUACAUCAGUUACCAGGACUUAUCCUUACCGCUACAGCGUUGCUUCCUGUACCUGGUUGCCGCCUUCCCGGUUGACACCGUCAUCAAAGUUGACAACAUUAUUAGGAUAUGGAUGGCGGUAGGCCGUCUUGGUCUUCCCCCAGGACCGGAUGGAGAAGCCAAGUGUAUGGAAUACUUCAACCAGUUGAUGAACCGUUGUUUUUUCCAUAACCUGGUUCAAGGUUCGGUUCAUAAGGAUGAGAUCAUCAGUUUCCAGAUAGAUUUCAGAGUUCAUGAAUUUGGGAAAUGGCUACUGAAAAAUAAAAGUAAACCCAAUGACAAGCUACCCCCCAAAAACAAUUUCCUCAUAGCUAACAGGCAUCAUUCUUCUAGGGAGCCUGGUUUCUUCAUUUCUCUUCCUCCUGUAGAGAAGAAGGAUAAUAAGAAGCCUAAAGUAGAUCUGAAACAUGUCAGAGCAUUGGAUUUGUCUGGUUCCCAGCUAACACGUCUCCCCAAGGCAUUUGCAAAUUGCAUCAUUCUGCAGUACUUGAAUUUGAGCGGCAACCCCUUAAAGCGAUUGCCGGACAUGAUAUGUGAUCUGCAAUAUCUAGAAUCCCUCGACAUCCAUUGUUGUAAUCUAUUGAUGUUCCUUCCUCACAGGUUUGGAGGACUUCAAAAAAGCCUGAGACACCUGAGAAUUGAUCACACAACAGAUAAGCUACAACGAAGGCUACAAGUGGUUGACAAGCUGAGUAACAUUCGGACCUUGGAUGUAUUCAGGGCGGGUGGUAAAUACAACAAAUUCGCAGUGCUGGAAAAUUUGAAUUUACUUGAAGAAAUCUGCAUUGUCAUUCAUGGGAAAGUCGAAUGGAAGAAAGCAAAUUUGGACGGGAAAAGAAACAUGAAAAGCUUGGGGCUAUGUUUUGCAGGGGAAGGUCGUGAUUCUGAAGUGUUGAAAUCAAUCGGCAACAUCGAGCCACCUCCAGAAUUAGAAAUGCUCAAGUUGGAAGGUUAUCCUGCACACCAACUCCCAAAAGGAAUACUGGCAAAAUCCCUCAAGGACAAGUUAAGAAGGUUGACCAUAAGGUCGGCUUCGAAUCUCUUGUCGUUGCCUGCAUUUUGGAAGAUGUCAUCUCUCGAGUUUCUUUGGCUUUAUGACAUCCCAAAACUGAACUUAGGCUGGGAGUUCUUUGGGCUCCCAAAAAAGAAAAACGAAGAGCCGCCUGUCAAAGAGGAAGUUUUAGCAUUCCCCAGUUUGAAGGCAUUAAGGAUCGAAUAUCUAAGGAGCUGGGAAACUUCGGAAGAUGUAAGUGAAGUUGAUGAGAAGAAACUCAGCAAAAUACCAGUGAUGCCACAUCUGGAGGAGGUUAUUGUUUCCGGAUGUCCAAAAGCUAAGGUUCUGCCCCAUCACAUGUAUGAGAAGUUGAAGACUUGCCUAUCUCAACCUCUCAAAGAGCUGCAGUUUGAAAAGAGAGAGGUCGGAGAGUCAAGCCAAAGCCAUGUUGGGGGAAGGCAGGGAGAGCUUGAAUGAACUUUGAAGAGCCACAAAAGUUGGGCUAACCAUGCUUCCUGUGAUAUGCAGUCCAUAAUCUAAAUUCUUGUUUGAUUCAUUUCCGAUUCCACUUUGUGUGGGUCUAUGUGUGUUUGUAAUCUAAAUUUCUGGUUUGAUUUGAUUUGAACAAGUCAUUAAAAAAAAUGCAGUUGUAUCCUCGUUUCGAUAUUGUUAUUUGGAACAACAUGUUUUAUUAUGACUUACUAUAUAUCAAUCAGUCUUUUCUUUUCUGUUAUAGAGCUGUUCUUUAAAUGAUUUUUGAUAUUUAAUUUUUGUUUUCCUAACAAAAGUUUAUGAUGAUCAAGGUCAUGAGAGGACCUCAGAUUAAUCGGAAGCAAACAUAGAAUCAAAUAUAGCUCCUAAAGAUUGAUGCCACUCCAAUUAUCUAAUUGCAUAAUAUAUAUUUUUUUUGAAUCGGUACCUAUAUUAAUUAAACAAUACCCAAAUUAUUACAUUGCAUUCUAGCAUACGCUAAAUUAUGUAUAUCCCGAAUAUCGAAUCUACUGGCUUUAAUCAGAUAGCAGUAUUGAAAACGUGAAAUUAAAUCAUGAAGAGCACAUCCCUUUUACCCUAUUAAAGUAGAAUACAGGAUGUUGAUGUGGCAACUUUUUAUUAAAAUUUUUUGGCUCCAAAUGCACCAUAUUGCAUUGAUCAUUCUGCCACGUGUCAUCCCCUUUUUAAAAGAAAAAAAUCUUAUCCAGAGAAACA